AAAUUAAUCUUAAACCGCAUAUUUCUACUGACACCCCAUUGGUCUCUCUUCUCUUCUCUCGGAUCCAAUCGACCCAAAUCUCGAAGCCCUAACCCCCUCUCGUCACGCUGCACUCGCCAUCGCCGUCGCCGUCGCCACCUCACCACCGGUAACCUCGAAUGUUUUCUCUUCUGCACCUACCGCUGUUUUGCGUCGGAUCACCAGCUCAGGAAGCAAGGAUUAGAGGAAGAUGUUGACGUCGCCGAUGAGGUAGCCGCCGUUGUCGCCGCCGCCCAAGUCCACUGUUUGGGGUUUAGAAGGCCACAGUUCGAGGAAUAUUUGGCACCGUGUUCUGCGUAUGAGAUUAUAAGGCAGUUUAUUUACAACUUGCUGAUUUACGUCAGAAGCUCCAAUAAUGGCUGGAAUAGCUAUACUUCUAGACCUGUGGAGGAAAAACCAAAACUUUGGCUCUGGUUUGCACUCUCCACAACCCUUUCAGUCUUCUGCCUUUUUCUCUGCCUCUGCUGCUGUUGGUGCUGCAGCUUCCUUUGCUGCUGGUACUGGCUUUGCCUCAAGGGCUUUUUUUGGGUCGCCAGUUGCUUAUUGCGAUGCUGGUGCAGCAGUAUCUGAAGAUUAUAUUUCUGGUCUACAAAGUGCUUCUAAAGGGAUUUAUAAUAAUGAUGGUUCUCUAAGAUAUAGUACUACCAAACACUACAAUGUGGAGCUUAAGCCUCUAUUCUCUGCUUUUGAAUUUAGGCCUUUGAUGAUGACAUCCCUAAGGUCAUUCUUAAUGUUCUAUUUGCCUCUUUUGGAGCCUCGUGCUGAAAUGGAAGAUGACGAUUUCCUUGAGGAGAGGGAAGAGCAGCCGACUGAUCUGGUUGUCCCCUUCAAGAAAUCAGUGAAGCAAAUCAUCCGUGAGACAACCGUUGUGACGACUAGAAGGAUUUUAGAAAGAAUUGCUGUUCAUUAUGUUUCAGAAAGAAUGGCAUGGAAAAUUCUUAAAGAUGUCCCUAAAUCAGCUUCUCGCAAGGCUGCAAGGAAUAUGCCUUAUCAUGUUUACUUCUUUUGUGUUAGCAGAACAACUUUUCGAGGACACAUGCUUGGAGUUGCAGCAUCAUGGAUUGUCCAAGUAGGCAUCGACAUAUACCGGUUUUUUAAAUCGAUUUUCAAGUCCCCAGAUGAUGAGGGUAACAAUGUUGACAAAUCCGAGCAAGUUGCAAUUCUUGGGCAGAGAAUUUUUGUUGCUACAGUUAGGUGUUCGUCAUCUCUAAUAUUCGCUUCCAUAGGAGCUGGCAUUGGUGCUAUCCUUAUUCGUCCAUCGCUUGGCCAGUGGAUUGGCUGUGCUGCUGGUGAUUUGGCUGGUCCCGUUAUUGUAGCAUAUUUUGCCGAUCAACUAUUUCAAGUGAAAUUUUGCUAAUUAUAUUUUCCGAAAGAUUCUUUACCAGCUUCCAUUGACUGCCAUAUCUCAUAAAUUUUCCUCUUCCACACGCCUCAUCUAAUUGAGUCACCGCAGUUGCCAUUAUAACAAGUAUGUUUUAUUGUAUUUCAUUAGAUGUUGGAAAUUCAUAUUUUUACAAUAGAUGGGGGUUUUAAUUGGUUCGAUAAUGUGGGAAAAGACAUUGUCUAGUGGGGUGAUUAUUUUUAGAGCAAUCCUAUACUACAAACGCUGGGUUAUUAUAUGUAAAAUCCAAUUUAAUAUAAAAUCGUUUAAUGGUAA